GCUUGUUUUUCUUUGGAACGGACAAUUUACAUUAUCUUUUUUGUGUUUUAAAUUGUAUACACUAAUAUUGUUUUAACAGUACUUUUUGUUUCUGCGUCAUUUUUAUAGACAAGGACGGCUUCAAUUUGAUAAAGUUGCAUUCAAUGUUUACAUAUAUCUUGAAAUUGUCGUUAACCCCGACCCUAUAAAUCAGCCUUGGAUAUAAAGCGACGAAAAAUCAAAUCCGAUAGCGUAGUUUUUGUGUCGUCAAGGGUCUGAAUAUUCAUUCGGUAUAUUAAAGAUCAACUGUGUGUGACAUUUACACUUAAAAUAAAACGUUUAUGAAUACUUAUGUAACGAGGAUUUGAUAAUUGACAUGUACUUUGUAUUAAAAGUGCCAAUCAGCGCACGUUACUUUGGCAAACAUAUGAUAAUUGAAGCAAGUUGAAAACGUGCAUGCAUUUUAAAGAUCUCGAUCUUUAAUGGAUGUCAUGCGUUAUCGCUAGCAGUCAUAAAGCAAUAUUCGAUAUUGGAAUUUUAAGUGACAUGUUUCAAUUAUUGAGAUAAAUAUCAUGACCAAAAAGGUACAAAGGUUUUGUAUAACAGUGAUAUACUUUUAUGUUCUUACUGAAGCAGGCAUUGAUAAGAAGGAAAUACAUUUUAGGUAGUUGUGAAAACUGUUCAUACCAUACUGGAUUCUAUACUGGAUUCGAUUAAACGGAAUUCGAAAAAAAAAAUCGGAAAAAAUACCAAAACACAAACGUUUACUUUUUCGCUUAUUUUAGAUACUGUGAACAAACGAUUUAAAGUUUUUAUCAAAAAAAGGAAAACAGUUUUCAUUACGACAACGUUUAACAACGAAAGUCAAUUCAAAAGUCUGUAGACAGAAGUUAUAGUUGAAGGAUUUGGAUGUUACAGAAUUAUGUUCUCGAAAAUCACGACGACGCCGACGCAAAGUUUAACUCGCUCACCUGUCUACUGGGUUGAAAUGGUUCCUGCGCUGCCACAACAAUAUAAAAACCGAGAAUAUCCACAAGUUGACGGGGGCUGUUUGACGAAAAUGAUUGAUAACUCGACGUCUUAUGACGACCCGGCAUGCUCGCAGCUACCGGACAACGUUAACGAGAAAAUAAAACAAAAAGAACUCAUUCCCUUGACAAUAUUAAUUCUUUUGACAAAUUUUCUGGUACUGUUAUUUAUUAUUGUGAACAAGAGAUUUCAUACGCCGACAUAUAUAUUUGUGGCAUCACUGGGCGUCGCCGAUUUAUUUGUUGGAUUUGUUUCUAUAGUAACAUUAGCCACAAAAGCCAACGAGAAAAGUCAAGACAUGUGUCUGGCAAGGAUUGGGUUCACCGUAGCAGCCAUUUCCGCUUCAGUCUGGUCGCUCACGUGCGUAGCACUUGAUCGGUAUAUUGCAGUAACUCGUGCGCUUCUUUACAAAUCCAUCAUGACAAAAAAGAAAACAGUUAUUGGGAUCACGUGUUCUUGGGUGUUUUCUAUGGUAGUUGGAUUUCUUCCUUUGGCAGGAUGGAAAAAUGAUUCUUACAAAUUUUACUGUUCCUUCAUGUAUGUUUUACCUAAAUAUUAUAUUGUAUUUUUAUUCUCCGUUUCCGCUGUGAUACCAUUGACGACAAUGUUCAUAAUUUAUGGAAUUUUAUUCAAAAGUGCAAGAUUUCAUAUAAAACAGAUUGAGAUCAUCGAAAAACUGCAGACAGACAAGCGGAAUAGCGGAAUGUUCGGUAUUUCAAGUAGAAAUCUCCGAUCAAUAAAAACAUUUGCUGCUAUACUUGGGUGUGUGGUGAUAACAUGGCUACCCUUCCUCAUAGCUACAACAGUUCAAAUUAUUCAAACUACGGGAAAUUGUACUUUGCAGGAGGUUAUUGGUACACAUUUACUUGUUCUUGGUUUUUCUAAUUCUUUUCUCAAUCCGCUAAUAUACGCUUUGGGAACCAAAGAUUUUCGGGCAAAAGUUGGCCAAGUGUUUAAAAGACGUUGCUAUGCGAUAAAUACAUCACAAGUGUUUCCAAAUGACGUCGAAAUGCCCCAGUCGACUUGACGGUUUAGCUUAGUUCAAUUGUUUUAAGAGUAAUUCAGGCCUGUAAUUCGAGCGGAGCUUACUAGUUCGUGUUUAGAGGCUAACACUGCAUCCACUGCUGCACCAUUUCUCAUGCUGCCUAUUUUUACAUCAACAUUAAACAUUAACGAGUUUGUAUUAAAUUUAUGAAAACCAUUUACAUGAUUUAGCAUAUGUUAUUUACAUCUAACGUAUAAUUUUGUAACAUGUAUAAACACUGAUGUAUUUAUAGAUAUAGUACAGUUACAUUUCCGCCAACCUUCUAAAACGCUUACUUCUAUUUUUACCUUGAUAAACAUAUCCUUCAUUAUUUAUGGGCCAGUAUGAUCGCAUAUCAGAGUCAUAAUAGAUAGUUUAGAACGGUUAAAUGUGCUACAUGAUAUAUCGGUAAUAUAAAACACGUCUAAAUACUUUCAAACGCUUUAAUGUAUUACUGAGCCGUGCCAUGAGAAAACCAACAUAGUGCAUUUGCGACCAGCAUGGAUCCAGACCAACUUGUGCAUCCGCAUAUUCUGGUUAGGAUCCAUACUG